GGUCGUCAAGCCACGGAGUUAUAUAUACGAUGGGUGAUCGGUGUAGAUAUAGUACGCUCAUUCGUAUGAUCGGGAUUGUCCUCGCGUGCUUAGCGAGCAUUGUGCAAUCCAGAGCUUAUUUUGUGCCAAUUAAUGAAAAACUAGUAUCCGUGGAACCGGAUGGAGACUAUGGGAGUGCAAAACGAGUGAAAGAAUAUACGUUUGAUGAAUUGGAUUACGAAAACAGUUCUUCUGAAGGAUUUUAUAACAGUGGAAAUCGCAUCAUGAAGAAACGAAGAGAUGAUUACAAUAACGGUGAUUAUAAAAUAAAUUAUUACGACGAAGGAUACUCAACAAGACUACCUUCACGUUCCACAGAAAUCAGAGAAGCCCAACAUAUAUCGGUUUCCGAUCAUAACCUAGCCAAUAUAGGCUCUAUGAUUGCCUCUUCCUUAAAAUACCUGCUAAUAGUGCUGCUAAUAUUCGGAAUACCUGCUUUGGCAAUCCAGUUUGUGUUAUUCCCGCUUAAGUUACUGCUAGGCUUAAAAAUAAUUACCAUGGCACAUAUAAUAACGUUGGGGUUCUUAGCAGCAAAAUAUUUUCAUAAAGGCAAGCCCGGAUGGGGACAAGGCGGUUAUGGAGGACUAUUGGGAGGACUGGCCGCAAUCAGUACGCCAGUCGUCACCUCCAACUUCCAACAGCCGAUCAAUCAACCCGUAACGACGGUCGUAACCGCACCCGUGCAGCAACAGCAAAAUAUGGAAACCUGGAACUAUCCGUUCUAUCUUCCCUGGUGGUAUUACUAUCCAGGUACUAAUAACACGAACAAUAACAAUAAUAAUAAUACCAAUGUAAACACGAAUACAAACACGAACAUAAAUAAUAAUAGUAACAAUAAUAAUAAC